UUGUAUUUAUUUUCAAGAAGUUAGCUCGUAACUUUGAAAAUUCAGAAUUAUUUUAAAUAAGUUUAAUAAAUCAAGAAGGGGCAAGAAGAUUGUAAGACUAGAAGAAAGGAAACAAUCGAAUAGAGAAAAGAAAGUGUUCCUAAAUGGUACUGAGAUUUGCUACCUGGUGGUCAUUCGAGAGAAAAAUUAUUUUCAUAGCUUGUCCUUGGUGAUAUUUUCUAACUGAUACAGAGAUAUGAAUCCUUCAGCAGCAUCAGUGCCUGCAGAACAGACUCCGCUGUUUGGAAAUAAGAUGCCUGAUAGACCACUUUUUGGAGAAACGACUACUAGUGGACGUUUCUUGAACUUGAUAGUUGGAACAAUAACAUGUAUAUUUGUUGCUGUUACAUUGAUAUGUGCUUGUGCGACUCAGAGCCCCCUCAAAGGAGUGAAUAUUUAUUUCAGUAUUUGCAUUUGUUUAAUAUGUAUUUCACACAUAAUUUUGAUUAUUUGGUACAGACAAGGAGAUGUGGAUCCCAAGUUUCGAUACUUGAUUUAUUUUAAUGCCUUCUCCAUUUUUUUGCUUUGUGUGUGUGGAAACAUUUAUUUCUUCAGAAACUUAUAAUGUAAAACAAAUAAAUAACUUAGAGGUAUUUUCUAGGUUUGAUCCAAAAACUACUGUCGACAUUAGGGUAAAACACACGACACCAAGAGGGACCACAAUGGAGUAUUUGCUACAUUUUCAGUAGAAAUUUUGACUCCACCUCUUUAUAACUUUAUCAGUAAUAUCACCUGUAUAGCUGUGAUUGUAUGUAGUCAGUCUAAUUCUGUAUCUGUUUUGUUUUUCAGUUGUACAUGGUGAAUACCACUAACUCAGCAAACAUGAGAAUUUAGUGGGCUAAAAGUUUAGUCCAGAAUGUUAGCAUUGAACAUUCUUAUAUAUAAAGAAAUGAAACAAUAGAUUUAGAGAAACUGCUAAAUAUUAAACAUAUUUUGACUGGAUAAUAAGUUAUGAUAUACAUAUUUACAGCAUAAGGUGUAGAAUAUUCGUAGCAAAUAUGCUAUGGAAAGACCUGUUAUAUUAAAAGAAGAAAAAAAUAUAAUAACUAAUAAACGGGAACUAAAACUGUAAAUAACCCUAGGGCAGCAAGAGUUGAAAAACUUGUUUUCAGCAUUUUGCAUUCUUGAAAAAUGUUGACAACAAAGUCAGUAAAAGCUAUUAUACUUUGUGGACUUACAUUUUUGUAAAUAUUAACACCAUUUUCUUGUGAAUUGAUAGACUAAAACAGUUUUAAAUAUCUGUUUGUGUAGCUUAGAUGCUUAAUAUUUUUCAGAUUUUACUUAUUUUCCAGUAUUUUUGAUAAGAUAUCUAUUGAACUGUAAAGUUAGAUUCAGUUUUC